AAGUCAGGAACUAUCGCGGCCGCGUGGCCGCCCGCCUUGCUAUUCGCCCCCGCUCUAUCCUGCCGAUCUCGAGCGCGACGAUCGGCCGAUCAAUCACUGAAGUAAACGGAGAAAAACGGUGAUCCAUCGCGAGCGAGUCGCGAUUUCGUGAUCUUUCGAUGUUAUUCCGUGGCGCGACAGGUUUCCGCUCGCGCGACUAGAUCUUUCUUCUUUUUUUUUUUAAUUAAUGGAAAACCACGAAAACGGAAGCGUGGUGGCACCGAUCGACGAGCGAGACGUGUUUAUGUAGACGAGAAGCGUGUAACGCGCGCGUGGAUACAGUGUGACACGUAACAUCCCUCACAGGCACAGAAUGGAUAAAGACUUUCGCCGGGAUUAUAGAAAAAUGCGACGCGCUUUGCUUCACCUGCUGCUCAUAGUAGGGGGUGCAACAGGUUUGAAAGAUCUGAAGAUAAACGUGCCGCCUAUGGUGAGAUCAGGCGAUACCGUAACGCUGUCAUGUAAUUAUGACUUGGAAGGCUCAUCCUUGUACACUAUACAAUGGUUCUUCGAUAGUGUUGAAUUUUAUAGCUACAUACCCGAUCGCAAUCCACCGCUUAAAAUUUUCGAUGUCGGCAUACUAGUCAACGAUUCCGCAUCGAACGCGCACGAUGUGACAUUGAUGAACGUGUCCAGGCUACUUACCGGGACGUACAAGUGCGAGGUAUCAGCCGGCAGUCCUUCCUACCACACCAUGAUAGCGAGGUCCAAAAUGGAAGUAGUCAACGCCCCAAAAACGGAUCCUACGAUUCGUACCGAGAAGGAGCGCAUAGCGGUGGGGGAGACGCUACGAGUCAACUGCUCCUCAGGCGAGUCCCGACCAGCCCCCGUUGUUACAUGGAAGCUCAACAGGGAUUCCAUCGCGGAGAAUAAUAUGUAUAAAAUACAACAUCACAACAUUUCUGACGGUAACGAGUUACAAUCUACGAAGUCGCUGAUAGAAUUUAAAGUGACGGAGAACAUGUUUCGCAACGGAAGCUUACACCUACGCUGCACGGCCUCCAUCUCAAACGUUUAUGAAAAAUCGGCGGACAUCAAUAUCACCGAGGACAAACCGCGUCUCGCUUCUAUCACCGGCGUAAUAUCAUCAUCAUACGAUGGAGCGAACGGAUGCGCCGGACAGAAUUGGCCCUGGAAUGGUAAUCGUGGCACGGCGAUAAUAAUGGCCGUCGCGACGGCCACCCUGUUCCUGAUGAUGACAUCGCUGACGAUGAUGGUUGUCCCGAUAACGAAUGUACUGCUGAGGAACGAGUGGACGGUUAGCAGGUAGCUCGCGGGCACCCUUCAUGAAGAUAUCACUGCCACUGUCUGAUCCGAUUACAUCGUCCAUGUAAAACCUAGUAGUCUAGGGCUUCCAGUUAUGUAUGUUACUAUGUAUAGAAUAGAUAGUGGAAUAACAAUGAUUUUUAUUCUCUCGAGGAGCCUAAACGCGAAGAAGAUUGGAGUAACGCUAGCGAAACAAUCGCAAGACUAUCCUAACUCGUAUACCGUUACUUUUGAACGUGUUGUCUUUCGAUGUAAAUUGUCGCUCUGAUAACGAAAGGGGGAAAUAUGACGAAUAAAAGCAAUGUCCGCGUAUUGAGACAUAGACAGAGAUAACGGCUAUCCUAAAGCAACGAAGUGAAUAUGAAAUAGCUUCAUUUGUGUGAUUAAAGAAUGACAGAUGUUUCGACAGAAGGAAGAAAAACGAUGGAGGUUCGACUUCCGUUCACGUUUUGAUUUGAAUUCUCCGACGAAGCAUAAAUACGAUAUUUAUUAGUGAUCGGAGUGUUCAUAAAGUGUCAAAUAUAGAUUAUACACAGGGGUAACUAUGAUAACUAAUAUAUAUAAAUAUAUAAUAACGUUAGCGCAGUAACGAGCGGCGUUCUGCUCAAUAUUCGCUCCUUUUAUGAUGUCUAACAGAAAAUGCAUCAAGAUAGAUACCGAUUUGUAAUCUGUACAAAUUGUAAUAAAUUAUAAUACGAACUGUA